ACCGGACUGUACCGGCGAACAUUCGACCGAAGCAUUUAGAGGCCGCGAACGCACUCGCCCAACACGCAACGAUAAUAUAACACGUACACGGCGGCGCCGAGUCUCUUCCGAUUUAUUGUAUUUUGGACUGUUCACAAUAUCCGUCCUUUUGUCCGAACGCCGUUUUACGCAGAGCUUAUUGUGACUUUUGCGAAUUUCGUUUUUCGUCCGCCGCACAGCCGUACAUAUACGCCGCCGUCGACGAACCCCAAACAUAUCAGAUUUCAAAGUUGUCGAAAAAACAAAAUAUUCACAAUGAACAAAUUAUUAUCGAUUGUCGUUUUGUUGGCCGUAGCUGUUUGCUCGUGUCAUUGCAUCUCGGAUCGUAGAAGCAUCAGAUCAGCAACGCCCGUAAUUUCUGCCAACAUCGAUCCGAUCACUGUUGACGCCACCGCACCACGUGAUUCAGCAGCUGCAGAGACUAUCGAUAUAUAUAACACAGCCAGGGGCAAAAAGGGCGGCAACAAGCACAAGAUGGAGAUGAUGCACAUGGGCCUGAGCUACGUGAAAAUGAUGCUUAGCACGCUGAUGGCGGCCAUCGGGCACGUGUUCGCGUUCAAGAGCGUCGGGCUGAGCCUGAUCAGCGUGCUCAUCCAGAUCGCACAGUUCAUCAUGGUGCUGAAGAAGAACCGGGAGAGCCAGCCGCCGUCGUACAAGAUCGUCGAGACCCCGUGGCACACGUCGCCCACCGAGUCGUACGGCGUUUACGGUUCGUACGCCGGCCACGGCAAGGCAUCGGCCGCGGUCAACUACUCGCCGUACGCCGCGCCGCAAGUCAGGAGACGCCGGUGAUGACGGCGGUGGCGACGGAAGGAUGUCCGGUCCGCGGAAACCGGCCGACCGGACGACAUUAAUAUUUACGUACCUAUAUUGUUAUAGCGAAGAAUAAUAACAAACCACUGCAAAAUGCCGCCCGCCGUCGCGGAGGUAUUAUACGUCAUACCGCGGAACAUAACAUUUCGGCCAUUUUUAAUUAUUAUUAUUAUUAUUAUCAUCAUCAUCAUUACCUAUAUAUUUAUUAUUAUAUAUUUAUUUUAUUUAUUUAUCAUGACGAGUGUCGAGUGUGUACGUGCGUGUAUGUUACUCGCUUACAUACGAAUAUACCUAUGUUAUUAUUAUUAUUAUUAUUAUUAUUACCAAUUUAUUAUGAUUCGUUUCGCGUCGUCUGCAGCAGCGUCUAUAGCGCCGCGUAGUUGACCGCGCACGACCGCGCAUUAUUGUAUAUUAUAAUAUAUUAUUAUUAUUUAAUAUAAUUGUUUCUUUGUAAUGA